AUGGUCGCCGCCGGAACCGCGAGGCUCAUUGCCUCUUCCAUGCUCCUUGGCCUGUCCACGGCCAUCGUGGUCACGCCCGGACAACCCGCUGCCGGUCUCGAGUCUGCUGGUGUCAAGGACAGCCGCUUCACCUUCAGCCAGCACCCCGUCAUCGUCCCGAACCCCGGCGCCAUCGGCACCUUCACAGAUGGACCCCAAGGUCUCACCUCCGGUAUCAUCAUGAGCACCGGUCUCGUCUCCAAUGCCGUCGUAGGAAGCACCCCCAACACCAACUUUGGCUUCAACUCGGGACAGCCCAUCAGGGGCUGCGCCGUCGGAAGCAGCGAGGAGAAUGUCUACUACGGCAUGUUCGUCAACGUGCCCCAGGGCGUCACCGCCAUCAGGAUCAACUACCUGUUCGCCACAGAGGAGCCCAUCACGGGGAACCCCGACUCGUCCAUCAUCUACAGGGACACGAUCCCUCAGCCCCAGACCGCCGUUCUGGCCACGUCCGCGCUGCCCAACACCGGUGCCACCUUUGGUCUGUCGUACGCCCGCGCCGGCGUCAUCUCCAGCUACGAGUUCCCCGUCCAGCCCGGGUCCUCCCAGCACCUCGACUUUGUGCUCUGCGACUCGGGUAACGGUAAUUUCGACUCGGUUCUGCUCGUCGACAUUGUCGGCCUUCCUCUGGAUCCCGUCUUCUUCCCGUCGAGCGCCGCCCCGAGCUCGAUCCCUCCCAGCUCCGUGCCUCCCAGCUCGGUCGCUCCUAGCUCGGUCCCUCCCAGCUCCGUUCCCCCGAGCUCCGUGCCUCCCAGCUCUGCUCCUCCCAGCUCCGUGCCUCCGAGCUCGGCUGCCCCCAGCUCCGUCCCGCCCAGCUCUGCUCCUCCCAGCUCUGCCCCUCCCAGCUCGGCUGCCCCUAGCUCCGUCCCGCCCAGCUCUGUCCCGCCCAGCUCUGCUCCUCCCAGCUCGGCUGCCCCCAGCUCCGUCCCGCCUAGCUCGGCUGCUCCCAGCUCUGCUCCCGCCAGCUCUGCUCCUCCUAGCUCUGCUCCCGCCAGCUCUGCUCCCGCCAGCUCUAUUCCCAGCUCUGCCCCUGCUAGCUCUGCCCCUGCUAGCUCUGCCCCUGCUAGCUCUGCUGCUCCCAGCUCCGCUCCCCCCAGCUCCGUCUCGGAUGUCGUAUCAAGCUCCGCUUCCGAUUCGACAUCCUGCGACGAUGUUGCUUCUUCGACUGCUGUUCCGUACGGCUCCAUCGUGUCUUCCUCCGUUGACGAUUACGCCGUCCCCACAACCAAGGACGUCUACGCCGCGGAGACGAGCUGCUCGGAGUCAGCUGUGCCUACGACCGUCAACGAUUACGAUGUGAUCAUCACGUCUGUCGUGACCACCAUCACCUACACCACCGUCGACCUGGCAAACCCCACCUCGCUUGUGCCUGUUGAGGUCUGCACGACGCUGUACUACGAGGACUGCCAGUGCUCCACCCAGGUCACCCCUGCCGUCCCUCUGGUGACCUACGAGGCUGAGUGCGACAAGUGCGGCGACGAUUACGAGAACACCAUCACUCUCACCAUCCCCGGUGACUACGGCUCGACCUACAAGCCUACCCACGACAAGCCUGUGCCCACCUCGACGUCGGUUCACUCCACUGAGAGCGUCACCACGUCUGUUGCUGUGUCCUCUCACGCCUCCGUCUCGGAGCCGACCGAGAGCCACACAACCACUCACGACGUCCCCGUCGUCCCCUCUGCCCCCGCCAGCGAGGUCCCUCAUGUUUCUGAGCCCGCCAGUGAGGUUCCUCACGUCUCGGAGCCUGCCGUCAUCCCUUCGCCUUCUGUCCCCGCGGUUCCUUCCGUGCCGGCGGUUCCCUCUGUCCCAGCUGUCCCCUCGGUCCCCGUCGUUCCCUCGGUCCCCGCAGUUCCUUCCGUCCCGAGCGUGCCCAGCGCGAUCCCCAGCAGCGCACCUCCCGCGCCUGAGGUGUCCGAGCCCCCCGUUGAAGCCGGUGCCCGGGGACUGCAGCACGACCUGAGGGCCGUUAUGACGUCCCUCAUCCCCGGCCUGGCGGUCUUCUUUUACCUUCUUGUAUGA